AUGAAGCUGAAGAAGCAGGUGACCGUGUGCGGGGCCGCCGUCUUCUGUGUGGCCGUCUUCUCCCUCUACCUCAUGCUGGACCGCGUGCAGCACGACCCCGCCCGGCACCAGAGCGGCGGGAACUUCCCCCGGAGCCAGAUCUCUGUGCUGCAGAACCGCAUCGAGCAGCUGGAGCAGCUUCUGGAGGAGAACCAUGAGAUCAUCAGCCACAUCAAGGAGUCGGUGCUGGAGCUGACGGCCAACGCCGAGGGCGCGCCCGGCCUGCUGCCCUACUACACGGCCAACGGCUCCUGGGUGGUGCCGCCCGAGCCCCGGCCCAGCUUCUUCUCCGUCUCCCCGCAAGACUGCCAGUUUGCCCUGGGGGGCCGGGGCCAGAAGCCGGGGCUGCAGAUGCAGGCCGUGGCGGAGGAGCUGCCCUUUGACAACGUGGACGGCGGCGUGUGGAAGCAGGGCUUCGACAUCUCCUACGGCCCCCACGACUGGGACGCCGAGGACCUGCGGGUGUUCGUGGUGCCGCACUCCCACAACGACCCGGGCUGGAUCAAGACCUUUGACAAGUACUACGCGGAGCAGACCCAGCACAUCCUCAACAGCAUGGUGACCAAGCUGCAGGAGGACCCGCGGCGGCGCUUCCUCUGGGCCGAGGUCUCCUUCUUCGCCAAGUGGUGGGACAACAUCAGCGCCCAGAAGAAGGCCGCCGUGCGGAGGCUGGUGGGCAGCGGGCAGCUGGAGAUCGCGACGGGAGGCUGGGUGAUGCCCGACGAGGCCAACUCCCAUUACUUCGCCCUGAUCGACCAGCUCAUCGAGGGCCACCAGUGGCUGGAGAAGAAUCUCGGUGUGACCCCGCGCUCGGGCUGGGCCGUGGACCCCUUCGGCCACAGCCCCACCAUGGCCUACCUGCUGCGCCGUGCCAACCUGACCAGCAUGCUGAUCCAGAGGGUGCACUACGCCAUCAAGAAGCACUUCGCUGCCACCCACAGCCUGGAGUUCAUGUGGAGGCAGAGCUGGGACGCGGACUCGAGCACAGACAUCCUCUGCCACAUGAUGCCCUUCUACAGCUACGACGUGCCCCAUACCUGCGGCCCGGACCCCAAGGUCUGCUGCCAGUUCGACUUCAGACGCCUGCCCGGCGGGCGCAUCAGCUGCCCGUGGAAGGUGCCUCCUCGUGCCAUCACGGAGGCCAACGUGGCCGAGAGGGCGGCGCUGCUCCUGGACCAGUACCGCAAGAAGUCCCGGCUCUUCCGCACCAACGUGCUGCUGGUGCCGCUGGGCGACGACUUCCGCUACGACAAGCCGCAGGAGUGGGACGCCCAGUUUCUCAACUACCAGCGGCUCUUCGACUUCCUCAACGGCCAGCCCGACCUGCACGUGCAGGCCCAGUUUGGCACCCUCUCGGACUACUUCGACGCCCUGUACAAGAGGACGCAGGUGGAGCCGGGGGCCCAGCCCCCGGGGUUCCCCGUGCUGAGCGGAGACUUCUUCUCCUACGCCGACCGCGAGGACCAUUACUGGACCGGCUACUACACCUCCCGGCCCUUCUACAAGAGCCUGGACCGCGUCCUGGAGGCCCAUCUGCGCGGGGCGGAGAUCCUCUACAGCCUGGCAGCCGCUCACGCCCGCCACUCCGGCCUGGCCAGCCAGUACCUGCUCUCCAACUUCGCCCUCCUGACCGAGGCCCGGCGCACCCUGGGGCUCUUCCAGCACCACGACGCCAUCACCGGCACCGCCAAGGAGGCCGUGGUGGUGGACUACGGCGUCAGGCUGCUGCGCUCCCUGGUCAGCCUGAAGCAGGUCAUCGUCAACGCCGCCCACUACCUGGUGCUGGGGGACAAGGAGGCCUACCGCUUCGACCCCGAGGCGCCCUUCCUGCAGACGGAUGACACCCGCUUAAACCAUGACGCCCUGCCGGAGCCCACGCUGAUCCAGCUGGACGCCUCGCCCAGGUACGUGGUGCUCUUCAACCCGCUGGACCAGGAGCGGCUCAGUGUGGUGACCCUGCUGGUCAGCUCGCCCCGGGUGCGCGUCCUGUCGGACGAGGGCCAGCCCCUGGCCGUGCAGCUCAGCCCGCACUGGAGGUCCGCCACCGACAUGGUCCCCGACGCCUUCCAGGUGUCUGUGCCCGUCCGCCUGCCGGCACUGGGCCUGGGCGUGCUGCAGCUGCAGGCCGGCCUGGAUGCCCACCGCACGCUGCCCUCCUCGGUGCGCGUCUACCUGCAGGGCCGCAAGCUGGCCGUCAGCCGGCACGAGGCCUUCCCCCUCCGCGUCAGCGACUCGGGCCCCGGCGACUUCGCCCUCAGCAACCGCUACCUGCAGGCCUGGUUCUCAGGCCCCAGCGGGCUCCUCAAGAGCGUCCGGAGGGCGGACGAGCAGCGGGAGCAGCGCGUGGACAUGCAGUUCCUGGUCUACGGCACCCGCACGUCCAAGGACAAGAGCGGCGCCUACCUCUUCCUGCCUGACGGCGAGGCCCAGCCCUACGUCCCCAAGGAGCCCCCCGUGCUGCGCAUCACCGAGGGCCCCUUCUUCUCGGAGGUGGCGGCCUUCUACGAGCACGUCCACCAGGUGGUCCGGCUCUACAACCUGCCAGGCGUGGAAGGGCUGUCGCUGGACGUGUCGUCGCUGGUGGACAUCCGGGACUACGUCAACAAGGAGCUGGCGCUGCGCGUCCAGACCGACAUCGACAGCCAGGGCGCCUUCUUCACUGACCUCAACGGCUUCCAGGUGCAGCCGCGGCGGUACCUGCGGAAGCUGCCCCUGCAGGCCAACUUCUACCCCAUGCCCGUCAUGGCCUACAUCCAGGACGCCCAGAACCGGCUCACGCUGCACACGGCGCAGGCCCUGGGCGUCUCCAGCCUCCGCGAUGGCCAGCUGGAGGUGAUCCUGGACCGGCGGCUGAUGCAGGACGACAACCGGGGCCUGGGCCAGGGGCUCAAGGACAACAAGCGGACCCGCAACCACUUCCGCCUCCUCCUGGAGCGCCGCACCCUGGGCAGCGAGGUGCCAAACGGCCACUCCACCAGCUACCCGUCCCUCCUCAGCCACCUCACCUCCAUGUACCUCAACGCCCCGGUGCUCGCCCUGCCCGUGGCCAAGCGGCAGCCCCCGGCGCCCAGCCUGCACCCGUUCCAGCCUCUGGCUUCCUCGCUGCCCUGUGACUUCCACCUGCUCAACCUGCGCACGCUCCAGGCCGAGGAUGAGCCCUCCUUGCCCUCGGCAGAAGCCGCACUCAUCCUGCACCGCAAAGGCUUCGACUGCGGCCUUGAGGCCAAGAACUUGGGCUUCAACUGCACCACAAGCCAAGGCAAGGUGGCCCUGGGGAGCCUCUUCCACGGCCUGGACGUGGGCUUCCUGCAGCCGACCUCGCUGACGCUGCUGUACCCGCUGGCCUCGCCCUCCAACAGCACGGACGUCUCCCUGGAGCCCAUGGAGGUGGCCACCUUCCGCCUCCGCCUGGGCUAG